GUUUCAGCCAUGGUUUCAGCAGCAACGGUGGUUCAAAGAUAGUGAAUACAACUGCGUGGAUGAACACCUUUUCUCGAUCUGUGCAAUCUAGACGGUCUAUUAACUGAUCUCCGAGUGAAGAGCUUAAUUGAGUGACUCGAGAAAACUUUGGAUGGGAUCAUCUUUGGUGCGUUGGGAACAUGGAUCUCGGACUUCAGUUAAAUUCAGACCGUAAUGACGCUACAGAAACGCAAUACCAGCUGACCGUAAUGAUGAAAGAAGAAGAUGAUAUCGUAGAAGAGACCUAUGGGAAUAUAAUUGCAUUUGAACUUGAUGAAGAACAGCUUCAGUAUAGAACUGGAUCAGACUUAGCGGAGUCCAAAUUGAAGCCUGCUCAUACCGAGACACUAGGCCUACAGACAACAGCGGAGAUUGAAGUGACUAUUGAAGACGAUGAGCACGAUCUGCUGGAAAGUGCAUCAGAAUAUCCACACGGAACCCAACAGGAGACACAUGGACAGAGUGAUGAGCUCAGCCUGCAACUCAAAGGAAGACGGCACCACUGCACUGUGUGCUGGAAGAGUUUCAGGACCCUGAGAGCACUCGAGAAACACCAGCAAACACACUCAGUCAGGGUGAAUUUGACCACAUCCUCACUAGCUAGCCGCCACGUGCAGAAACACACUGGAGAGAAGCCUUAUGAAUGUUUCAAGUGUGGUAAAGUUUUUUCACACUCGUCAAGUCUUGCACGGCACAUGCAUUUACACGUUGGAGAGAACUAUCAUAAAUGUUCCCAGUGUGGAAAAGGUUUUUUACGCGCAUCUUGUCUUGCACGCCACAUGCUCGUACAUGCUGCAGAGAAGCCUUACGAAUGUUUCCGGUGUGGAAAAGGUUUUUCACACUCGUCAAGUCUUUCACGGCACAUGAAUGUGCACAAAGGAGAGCUGUCUCGUAAAAAAAGACCUGCAGAGCAGCGUCAUAACUGUUCGCAGUGUGGAAAAGUGUUUUCUCACCUCUUGACGCUUAAAUACCACAUGCUAACACAUACGGGAGAGAAGUAUCACAAAUGUCCCCAGUGUGGAGAACUUUUCCCAUUUAUUUCAACUCUAACAACCCACAUGCUAACACACACUGGAGAGAAGACUCAUAAAUGUGCCCAGUGUGGAAACGCAUUUAGAAUCUCCUCAGAUCUGACACGCCACAUGCUCACACACAUUGGAGAAAAGCCUCAAAAAUGUGCCCAGCGUGGCAAAACUUUUUCACAAAUUUCAACUCUUAAAAGCCACAUGCUAACAUACGCUAAAGAGAAGCCUCAUCAAUGUACUCGAUGUGGAAAAGGUUUUAGUCACAGCUCAAGCCUUUCACGCCACAUGCAUGAACAUAAAGGAGAGAAGCCUCAUAAAUGUGUCCAGUGUGGAAAACGGUUUUAUCAAAGUUCAGGUCUUAAUCGCCACAUGCUUACACAUACUGGAGAGAAGCCUCAUCAAUGUGCCCAGUGCGGAAAAGGUUUUACACAAAGUUCAACUCUUUCAUGCCACAUGCUAACACACACUGGACAGAAGCCUCAUAAAUGUGCCCAGUGUGGAAAAGGUUUUACACAAACUUCAGUGCUUAAAAAACACAUGCUACUACACCAUGUAGAGAGACCUCAUAAAUGUGCCCAGUGUGGAAAAGCUUUUAGAACAUCCCAAUGUCUUCGACGCCACAAACUUGGACACACUGGAGAGAAGCCUCAUACAUGUCCCCAGUGCGGAAAAGGUUUUACACAAAGGUCAAGUCUUUCAUGCCACAUGCGAGCACACACUGGAGAGAAGCCUCAUAAAUGUUCCCAGUGCGGAAAAAGCUUUUCACGAAUUUCAAUUCUUAAAAGACACAUGCUCAUUCACACUGGAGAGACGCCUGCCCAGCUUGGGGAAAAAAAUCGACAACUUUCUCGUCUUAGAAAGUCUCACAUGCUAUCCCACGCUGGAGAGAGGCCUUAUGAAUGUUCCCGAUGUGGAAAAGAUUUUUCACAUGCGUCGAGUUGUUAUCGCCACAUACGUCAGCAUCACGUUGAGGACAAGAACCUCAUGAGAUCCCUAGCAAAUGCACACUGUUAGCGUGAAUCAAAAGCAGAGCAAGACGCCUCGUAUAUGUGCUCAUUGUAAAAAAGCGUACCGAUAAGUCGCUAAGCUCUAAUACCCAAUGUGGGUGAUUAUAACAGGUUUACACUAUUUAAAGGGACACUUCAGCGAUUAGCAUUAAGCUUUGUAUCUUUAGAAAACCAGUCAUGUUUUUGAAUGGUCGUGCAUUAUUCCCUCAGUUUGCCUCGAGAUGGGAGGAAUACAGAUUUCAGUGAAACCCAUGAAUAGGACUUCCUGCUUUCAAUGAUGUAAAAUGAUGAUUUUUACAUAUUUGAAAGCAGGAAGUCCAACAUUGAAAUCCGUAUUUCUCCCAUCUCAAGGCAAACUGAGGGAAUGAUGCACGACCAUUCAAAAACAUGACUGGUUUUCUAAAGAUACAGAGCUUAAUGCUAAUCGGUGAAGUGUCCCUUUAACAAUGUAAAGGAUAUGGUAAUGUUGGAAACAUGCCAAUGUGUGUAGUGGCGCUCGACCUUAAUAGACCUCUGAAGUUAGCCUACAAAAAAGCUGCCAUCUUUGAGAUUCUGUAUCUGGCGAUUUUUCCUAUGGGAAAAUAACAUGGGGAUUUUUUAAUUAUCGCACCUGUUAAACUCUCGCGGGGACGAUAUAGUCUUAAAUAAAGACGUUUUCCCGAACACACUUUUGUCCUCUGCCUUCUUGUGCAUACUGUGAUCUCCGGUACGUGAAGUCAGCACACUUUCAUUUUUGCUACCCCAGAGCUAACUGGCUAACUAACUUAAUGGCAAGUUGCAUCGCAAGUUAGCUCUGGGGUAGCAAAAAUCAAAGUCUGCCGCCUUCGCGUACCGGAGAUCACAGAUUCCUCUCGAAGGCAGAGGGCAAAAGUGUGUUCAGGAAAACACCUGAAUUUCCAAUUUUGUCAUCCACGCGAAAGUUUAACAGUGUGAUAAUUCCAAAUCCCCAUGUUAAUUUCCCAUAGGAAAAAUCGUCAGAUACCGUAACUCCUUACAUAGGCAAAGAUGGUAGCUGUUUUUGUAGGCGAACUUCAGAGGUCUAUACACCCCUCCGGAGUGCGUAGCUGGAUAGGUGCUCUAAGCCAUGGCAGAAUGCACAUGAGUUGUAUAAGAAACGCCCAGAUUUUGGGGUUGCUCCACCCAAAAUGCCUAACUACCUUUUAUCACGCGUAAAUGACAGAUUUAAGUGAGGGGAAGAAUGUUCACAGAGUGAAAUGUGCGUAGUUGCACGUUUUUUUUGGAAUUACGCACUCUUACCCGCAUGGGAGAAUUCCCCCUAAAGGAUUAGAUGAAUGUGAUCAUUUAUGUUUGGGCCUGCAAUUGCUGGUACAACCGUUAAAACCCAUAUUCUAAUAUACAAAGAAGAAGAAAAAAAGCAUACCCAGUGUAAAACAUACAUUAUGGUGUUAGCAGCAGAUGCUAAUUGUGGUGUUAGCAACAUAUGCUAACACCAUAAUUAUCUAUAUAUUGCUCUCUUUCUGUAAAAAAUGUUUCUUAUAAAUGUGUUUGGUUAUUGUAGGAAAAACAUUGAUGAAAUGUAUACAUGCAAAAAAAUAUAUAUAUCUUUUUUUCUGAAUAAAAUAUA